AUGGCGUCAGCAAUCAGUCUCCUGUCUGAAGAGCAGUUCCUGUGCUCCAUCUGUCUGGAUGUCUUCACUGAUCCCGUCACCAUACCAUGUGGACACAAUUUCUGCAAGUCCUGCAUCACUGAGCACUGGGACACCAAUGACCAGCAUCAGUGUCCCCUGUGCAAAGAGCAGUAUGAGAAAAUACCACACCUGCGGGUCAACACCUUCAUAUCUGAGAUGGCUGCUCAGUUCAAGCAGUCAGUUUCAAGAGAAACCAUCACCUCCACCAUCGGGAGUAGCUCAGAGGAACAACAUACCGACCCAGGAGAAGUUCUCUGUGAUUUCUGCACUGACACUAAACUGAGGGCCCUAAAGUCCUGCCUGGAUUGUCUGAUCUCCUACUGUGAGGCUCACCUGGAGCCUCAUCAAAGAAUCCCGGCCCUGAAAAGACACAUGCUGAUCAACCCUGUGAAGAACCUGGAGAGCAGGGUGUGUAAGAAGCACAAUAGACCUCUGGAGCAGUUUUGUAGGACUGAUAAAAUCUGCAUGUGCUUCUUCUGUUCAGAGUUAGAACACAAGCUCCAUCACAUCGUUUCUCUCAAAGAAGAAUAUGAAGAGAGGAAAGCUGAGCUUGGAAAGACAGAGGCUGAAGUUCAGAGGAUGAUCCAGGAGAGGGAACUGAAGAUUGAGCAGAUCAAACAGUCUGUGACACUCAGCAGAGAAGAUGCAGACAGAGAGACAGCAACAAGUGUGGAGGUCUUCACAGCUCUGAUGCAGUCUGUUGAGAGAAGUCUGGCUCAGGUCAUCGACAUGAUCGAUGAGAAGCACAAACAAACAGAGGAACUGGCUGAAGGUCUCAUCAAAGAGCUGGAGGAGGAAAUCUUUGAGCUGAUCAAGAGAAACACGGAGCUGGAGCAGCUCUCAUGCAAUGAGGACCACCUCCACUUCCUCCAAAACAACUUGUCUUUGAAAGCUCCUCCUCCCACCAAAGACUGGACGAAGGUAAAAGUUCACUCUUUAUAUGAUGGGAUCUUGAAGACCAAUCUGGCUGAGCUGAGAGAGACACUCAGCAAAGAUACAAAGACUCCUUGUGCUGAUGGUCAGUUAAAGAAGUAUAGGCAGCACUCAGUGGAUGUGACUCUUGAUCCUGAAACAGCUCAUCCUAAACUCAUCCUGUCUGCUGAUGGGAAGCAAGUUCACCACCAGGAUACGAGUCGAGGUAUGGAAGACAGCCCACAGAGAAUAUCCUCAUUUUUUGGUGUGUUGGGAAAUGAGGGUUUCUCCUCAGGGAAGUUUUACUAUGAGGUUCAAGUUAAGGGGAAGACCGACUGGAUUUUAGGGGUAGCAGAAGAGACUAUCAACAGGACAGGGGUUUCUCACUUUUGCCCUCAGAACGGUUUCUGGACUAUAAGCUUAAAGGAUGGACGAGAGUAUAAGGCUCUUGCUGAGGCUGAACCAAUCCAGCUGAGUCUGAAGUCAAAGCCUGAGAAAGUGGGUGUGUUCGUGGAUUAUAAGAGGGGUCUAGUCUAUUUUUACGAUGCAGAUAAUUCAGCUCUCAUCUUUGCUUUCACUGGCUAUGACUUCACUGAGAAACUUUACCCAAUUUUCAAUCCCAGAAAAAAUAACGAUGGUAAAAACGCCACCCCUCUGAUCAUCUGUCCAGUCGAUAACUCUGAUUAG